CUACAGUCCGCGUGCAGCCACCGCGAGGACGAGACGUUACAGUGACGCUGAACGCCAGGACGUGUUACGAGCUGGGUGAUAACUAACCAAGCUGCCAUUCGGAGCAAAUGAGACAAGAUUACCUCUCUAGAAGAUGCCAUCCGCUGCACUUUUACCAAGUCUGGAGGAUGCCAUGGAAGGUUUUGCCUCCAGAGGAUUGUUAAGGUGGUUUUAAGAAGAUCGGGGGUUUUAUCGGCAGGGUCUCUUGGCGGUAGAGAGGGGCUGGUAUGUGGCCCCCUGACCUCGGCCCUCCAGACGUGCAGCUCACUCUUCCCAGUUUCGGCAGUGUGUUCGAGGAUGCCGAGGAGCUCCAGGCGCCGCAGUCCUUUGGGGGCCUCUGCCAGCCGGCACUACAUUCAGGAGGCCUGUCCUCUCUUCCCAGGAUCUCCCUGGGCUGCAACCCCAAUUCCCUGCUCAGUUGUAAGACAGCAGGACCCCACUUAGAAAAGACGGUGGAGGAUUUUGUCAUUACAGGUCAAACAGACCUAAAGACCAACGCUCAGAGGGUCAGCUGCUACCCUCAGCCCUCCCUUCCUCUUUCCUUCAUGCUGACCAGUUGUGCCAAGUCUCCAUCUUUUGAAUCUUCACCCUCAUCCCUUUCCUCGUCUUCUUCGUCGUCUUCAAUUCUCACGCCCCACGUGCCUUAUUCUGAUUACUAUCACAAAAUGUCUGCACAGCAACGCAAUCUACACGAGGAUUACUGCGCAAUCAAACAAGAACCUUCGGACAAUUUCUCGCCAUGUAAAAGGGAGCCGUUUCAGAUAAAUAACCAGCAGGGGGAGCUGUUCCGUCUUGGCCAGCAUCCUCGGGGUAACAACGCUCAGGACAUAAGCCAGUCCCCUCUUCCCUCACCCAGCCUCAACAGCCUAGCAGGAGAAGACCACAUGUUGGACCAACAGGAGCAGUCGUGCCAUUGGAUCGACUGCAGCGCCACCCACAGCAGCCAGGAGGAGCUGGUGAGGCACAUCGAAAAGGUGCACAUCGAUCAGCGUAAAGGGGAGGAGUUUGCAUGUUUCUGGUCCGGCUGUGUCAGACGACACAAACCCUUCAACGCUCGCUACAAGCUGCUCAUCCACAUGAGGGUCCAUUCUGGAGAAAAACCCAAUAAAUGCAUGUUUGAAGGCUGCUCCAAGGCAUUUUCACGUCUGGAGAACCUGAAGAUCCACUUGAGGAGCCAUACGGGAGAAAAACCAUACAUUUGCCAACACCCAGGCUGCCUAAAGGCCUUCAGCAACUCCAGCGACCGGGCCAAACACCAGCGCACCCACCUGGACACAAAGCCGUACGCCUGUCAGAUCCCCGGAUGUACCAAGCGUUACACAGAUCCCAGCUCGUUAAGGAAGCACGUCAAAGCUCAUUCUGCCAAGGGCCUGCAGGAGAGGGAGGUCAAGGCUCAUGUGCAUGCCGUGUUGGACUCGGACAUUUUGAGUGAUUGUCUGGCGAGGCAGCAUCUCCACAGCUCGGCUUGUUCCCACCAGGAAAACAGCUCGCCUCUACCAGCCUUAGAUGACUUCACAGGUUUGUAUUCAAACAGAAGCUCGUCACACAACAGUGGGAAUCCAGAGCUGAUGCCACUAUCUGCAGAUAGCCACUCUCGUUACCCGGGUUCGGAGGGCAACUUUGAUGCUAACAGUCCAGUAUCUUCAAUGACAAGCCUGGGAAGCAUCAUAGAUGGACACAGAUCGACGCCCAUGUUCAAGUCUGCUGACCUGCGGCCAGUGACGUCCUCCUCAGAAAGAUGCGAUAUUCAGCUGCAGGGUUUCCAGAAAGCCUUCGACCACCAGCACCUGGGGUUCUUGCAGCAGCAGCAGCAACAAGAAUGUGUCUAUCAAGAGGGAAAGGUUGUUCCUCCGGUAAUCAACGGCGGAUUUGAACCUGCCAGUUACUUCACAAACCCACCCGCCUCUCUCUGUGCAGGCUUUGACUUGCUGCAGGACAUGCAAGGCCAAGUCGAGGACAAUUACUCCCCUUCUCCGUGCCCAGAGGACAGCUUCCUCUUUCAGAGCGGAGGUGUGGACCGCUGCCUCAGCCAGAUCUACUCCAUCUACUUGGAUUCAUGAUGAAAAACUGAACAUAUUGUGCGUAAAAGACCAAACGAAAUGCAGCAUAAAGGAUCAUUAAUCUACUGUACAAUGUGCUGCAGCUCCAUGAGGAGUUUAUCAUGAUCGUUUUUUUUUUUCCUUUAAUGGUACAAAAAUAACUGGAGAGAAGGAAACUUUUGGGGCAAACUGGCACACAGGAACGACCAAAACAGGACAUCUGGUAACAAUACACAGAUGUAAAUAGCAGCGAACUUUGUAUUCAGAGAUGACCGAAGCAUUUGUUAUCUGGAUGAAACGAGCUACAGUACUUGCUCCAUAUUCAUCUCCACCUCCCUCAGCCGUGCCAAACUAUUGUGAAUGUUUCUGCUUGCACAACGCCAUAAACUGCAGCACAACAUAGGUUUUCUGCAGCUGGGGUCAAUACAUAAUUGUCAACAGAUAAUAACAAAAGUCAGGGGGUGUUUAGCGUCCUAUCAAGAACUUAAAUAAAUAUAUGAUUGAUUAGAUGAAGAGUGAUGGUCAAACAUUAACAGCCUCAUUAUAAGGGAAUCAAAAGCAAAGAAAACCUGAAAUAGGACGUAUUAGGUCACCGUUUUGAGAAAAGAAGGCUUAGUUUGUAUUUGUAAAACCGAUCCAGAAGAGGUUAAUUGCUACUUGUGCGAAAACACAGUGCAAAUUUAACAGAAAGUUGGCAUUUUUAAAAAAGAUAUUCCUUUUACAUCCAAUAAUAUUCCAAUUCCUGACCAGGUUAAAUAAAAACUAAAUAUUUUAGUAGUUAAGGCUUGUAAUUCUUCUCAACUAUCAUCAAUAUAAAGUAUGCAGAAUAUCAACGGUUUAGUUGACGCAAAAGCUGUUUCAAUCAAUUUACGGUCUUUAUCCCAAACUGGAUAUUUAGAACCACUUAAUAUCAACUAAAUUCAGUGUCACCAGAGAGUAUCCCCACCCAGCGGAGACAUGUCAAUAGGGCGCGCCGCCCCCCAACAAAACUGCAGGAAAAAGGUGUAGAUCCAGAAAACAUUAAUUAUUAAUUAUCACAUCUGUUCUCUAAUAAAAUAUGUCUGAAUUUUGUUUGUUUUGUAGCAUUCCCAUUCCAUUUUGAGUUUAUUUGGGGUUGUUAUUUUUGUCUAAGUCUAAUUUCAGUGUUUAAAUGGCGAGGGACGGCGGACAGAUGAGUAUGUAUGUAAAUGUGUGUGUCCUAAAGCUUUUAGCUUCCACGUUACUUCUCUAAUUUGUUACUUAAAGGUUCUCCUUGAGGCGCAGCUCUCUGCGUCAGCGGCCAAUCAACGUUUUUUGUGUCGCUCUUCAUCCAAUCAAAUGGAUUAAUGAUCUGCCAGCUGGAGUUCCACCCCCCCAGCAUGAAUGUUCUCAAACAUAUGAAUGUAACCAGAGAAGUCAGAUUAAAACAAGACAGGAGAAAAUGGUGCAGCGAAAAGAAAAUUGGGUCAUUUGUUUACCAAAUAGAAAAUUUCUUCAGGCUUUCACUGAAGGAGAAACAGUAGAUAAAGGAACUUGGAUCGGAGCGGACAGACAUAAAAAUCCAGCAGCAGACAAGUGACCGUGGACAGAUUUACGUUUUGUUGUGUUGUAAUCUCAGACCUUUGGUACUUUCAGCACUUACUCCCUUAUUUUUAUUUAACUUGAUUUUUUUUGCGCAACAGACUUUUUCUACAGUAGAUUUAUUUCUCUCAAAGAUCCACAUGCAGUACGUUAUCUUAACGAGGUAAAAAAAAAAAAAAAAAAGAGCUUUUUAGAACAAUGUGCCUUUAUUUUUGUUACAAACACUUCUUGGUCCAGGUUGUUUUUAAGUAUUUACACCCAUGGUUUAGUAAUUUGUUAAAGCAGCUUUAGCAGUAAUUACAGUCUCAAGUCUUCCUACACGCUUCUUUUGGGGUAUUUCAAGGUUCCUACAUAGUUUUGAAAAGUCUGUAAAAUGAUAGAAUUUGAUAGAAAGCCUGGAUAGGUAUGGAAAAACUAUGUUAUUAUUAUUUUCACAAUAAAACCAGAUUAUUUUUUAUACUCGAUUGAUUUGUUUUGAAAGUUACAGACAUUUUUUCAUCUGAGAUUCUUUAACUUGGCCCAGAUUAGAUGCCAAAGAAUUGCUAUCUGAACUUUUGGGGAAUUUUUACCAACAAAAUAAAGAUAUCACAGAUAACAAACUGUGAUUUGAAGGCUCUGGAUGUAUGAUGAUCUGGUCCAGAUUUGAGCGGUCUGAGCCGUAAAACUAAAGAAAUAGAACGGAUCCAAGUUGUUGCAGAUGUCAAGAAAAGCAUUGAAAUAAUCACGAAUUGGAAGCCGUACUCAGCAUGGUGUUGUUUAAUGAUUUGCGGAACAUGUUGAUGAUAAAACCCACAGUAAAAGUUCCCCAAAUGUUUUUCUGGAAAUUGGUAGGAAGCCUGGUAUUUUUAUAAGUCUUUUCUGCCGAUACUUUGAAUUUCUAUCUGCUCGGAUGGAUAAAGAUGGUUGUGAGACCUUUUUAGGUCUUUCCAGAGAUGUUCGGUUUAGGUUUAAACCCCAGCUCCUUUAAAGUGGCCUUUCUUUCCUUUACAGGCAUUCAUGUUCUAACAUUUUAAAUUUAAAACACUGACCUGCCUGCCUAAGUGAAGCUGCACCAAAAUGGCUCAUUGCUGCCCCCUGGUGUCUGAGUGAAUGUACAGAAAGGCUCUAUAAACUAAAGAAACAAUGUGCAGAAGGAAAGAGAACAAAAGUUACUUUAAAAAAAAAAAGCUUUAUUUUAACAGAUAAAUGUAUCCUCGUUGCUUUGGUUGGCUGCCUUUAACGUAUCCAUUGUACAGUGUUUUAUUUACAGUGAGGAAGGUUGGGAGCUGUUUACAAGAACUUUUCCGGACUCUUUGCUUUCUCAUGAAUAAUAAAAACUAACUGACCAACCAGGAAAUGUUUACAUUGAUUUUGUAGCAGAUCAGAAAUGUCUCAUUAUCACUGAUCAUUGUAUAAACUGUAUAAACUUUCUUCUGUCUUUUGCAUCUCAAUAAAAAAACAGUACUUGUUGGUUUUUA